AUGACUCAGCGACAGAUGGGGAAGAUACAGUGUGUGUGUGUAGAGGAGGAGGGGGAGUGGAAGACCCUCCAGGGUCUCUAUCUCAACAUCAGCAUCAUGGCGAUACCCUGUCUCUGCUCCAUGGCCCCGCGUGGACUGGCCCCGAACACCAGACUGGCCAAUGGCAGCAUGGCUUUGAUCACAGCAGGAAACACUUCCAGGUCAGAGUUCGUCAAGCACCUGAAGAGGUACAACAGCGUGAGCAAUCAGUUCAGCUUCUCGUUCGUCGAGACGCACUCCGUGCAAGCGGUCAGGCUCCGCCCCCGCUCCGCGGUCGGCUGGGCCGACGAGACGCUGGAGGAGAACGAGGAGUGUGACUCCAAGACCACGCCCAUCAUCUCGUCCGAGGGGACGUACCCCUGGAACAUCGACGGAGACUUGCUAGACGUGCCAAACGAACUGCUGAUCAGGGUCCAUCCACGGCUACUGACGCUGUAUGGAGAGGAGGUGGAGGAGGCUGAUGAAUCACCGGUCAAAUGUAGCUGUAUCUGAGCCUGCCUCACAUGUGUGGAGUAUGUAUCUGAGCCUGCCUCACAUGUGGAGUAUGUAUCUGAGCCUGCCUCACAUGUGGAGUAUGUAUCUGAGCC